CCGGAAUGUAAACGCCAAGGGAAGCCCGUCAUGAAGUUGCGCCUCCUGCACCUCGCCCUCACCUUUCUGUCGCUUUUCCUACUAGCACUGGGUAUCCUCCUUUACUCCAAACACAGAGUCCCAGAUGCAGACCCGGUCGCUUAUUGCGCCGACUGCUUGAACUAUGCCAGUCGUAUCAAUGACAUGAUUGUUCGUGUGCCGGAUGUGCGCGGCAAUAAGCAGUUCUUUCGAUAUGCCUGUGACUGGUCCUGUCGGAACAACUUGCUUACCUCCGGGCGUUGUCCCAAGUACCGGAGGAGCUUUUUGGACCACACUGACAGGUAUAUGUUUGAGGUGGAGGAUCCUCCGGAGGCGUGCAGGGGGAUUAGGGCUUGUCCAUAACUUCUUUUCUAUUUGCGUGAGAAUCGUUGCAUUUCUUAUGUAUGGCGUGGUUUGUUUGCAGUGCUGCUGCGGGUUUCAGUAUAGCAACUGUUGGUGUACAUAUGAACAGAAAGUCGGAAGGAGAUGUGAUUCGUCAGAUGUCGGUAUUUUGGACAUGAUAUGUCCACUUCAGAUCCCGAAGACAUCAAUGCCGUGAGAAACCAGAACGACUACGCUGGCACAGGUCCUCUUCCCUCGGCAACACCCAGUAAG